UUCAGCUCUUCUCUCUGAUCCUCAUCCAUCCAUCAUAGUAUUAGCAGCCCCUGUAGUAGCUUAGCGAUAGUAAAUUGAUUAAUUAAUAAUGCUGCUAAUGGUAAAUUCAGUAGACUGUUGUCGGGCCGGACCAGCCCAAAAAAGCCUUGGCCCAGGAUAGCCCAGCCCAAGUAUGCCGCCCCAGGCGAAAUUGGCCUGCUUUGGCCCAGACAGACAUUCAGACCAGAUGGCCGCGCACCUGGUGGUGUCCUGCUGCCUCCCCGGGGCCUCCCCCUCCUCUCGCGCCAAGGCCGCCGCAGCCUCCUCUUCCUCGCCGCCUGCCUCGAACUUGAAGGCAACCAAGAGCAGGGGGGACCACACAAGAAUCGGCCGAAGAGACUUUGUGCUCAGGAGUAGUGAGCUCGCCGCGCUCGCCGCCAUCUUCCAUUUCAGCGGCACCAAACCAAGCUACCUUGGUGUUCAGAAGAAUCCUCCAUCCCUUGCUUUGUGCCCUGCAACCAACAACUGCGUAUCAACAUCGGAGGAAAUAAGCGAUUCAAAUCACUAUGCCCCUCCAUGGAACUACAAUCCCAAGGAUGGCCGCAGGGGUAAACCCAUAACCAAAGAAGAGGCCAUGAAAGAGCUCAUUGAAGUGGUCACGAAAACAAAGCCGGACAACUUCACUCCUCGCAUCGUGGAGAAAACAGACGAUUAUGUUCGUGUUGAAUAUGAGAGUCCAAUAUUUGGGUUUGUAGAUGAUGUGGAGUUCUGGUUCCCUCCUGGCAACAAAGCAAUCGUUCAGUACCGAUCAGCGUCUCGAUCAGGAUUUGUCGACUUCAAUGCCAAUAAGAAGAGAGUAAAGGAGCUGAGAUUGGCAUUGGAAAAGAAGGGCUGGGCUUCAGAAAGCAACUUCUGAAGGAUGGAAGUGGUACUGCAGUGCAGACCGGGGUUGAUUAUUGGCGGAAUAUAAACAUGUGUCUGGCUCUGGACUACUCCAGUAGAGAGUAGUAGGUAAUAAGCUCCCUCGCAACGAUGCUCCUUGUGUGUGUUUUUUUCCUUUUAACAUUCCACAUGAGAUGAGGAUGAGAUGAAUAGGCUGAGGAGGCUUGUGAUGUUAUUAUGCUAUACUGUGUGCGCGCGCGCGUGUUGGAUUUGGAUCCAGGUGCCUGUCAGUCAGUUAUCUGCCUGGUCCGUUGCGCGCAACCGAGAGAGGAAGAUCUUUCUGUUUGUGGAAAUCCAAUUCCACAAGUUUCUGUUUGUCAUCAGGAAAGUUUCUCUUGGACCUUUUUGUCACCUGCUGUAAAGUGAUGGUGCCACAUUUCCUUGCUUGGAAAGAGAAAGAAAUGGGCCAAUAAGCAUGUCCAGAUUCUCCUCUGGUCAGCGCUUACCUGGUCCUCUCCCACAGUACCGUUCACCUAGCCA